AUGUCCUCAGACCCUCAUCCAUGUCCUCAGACCCUCAUCCAUGUCCCCAGACCCUCAUCCAUCUCCUCAGACCCUCAUCCAUGUCCUCAGACCCUCAUCCAUGUCCCCCGACCCUCAUCCAUCUCCUCAGACCCUCAUCCAUCUCCUCAGACCCUCAUUCAUCUGCUCAGACCCUCAUUCAUCUCCUCAGACCCUCAUUCAUCUCUUCAGACCCUCAUCCAUGUCCUCAGACCCCCGUUCAUCUGCUCAGACCCUCAUCCAUGUCCUCAGACCCUCAUCCAUCUCUUCAGACCCUCAUCCAUGUCCUCAGACCCUCAUCCAUCUUCUCAGACCCUCAUCCAUCUCUUCAGACCCUCAUCCAUGUCCUCAGACCCCCGUUCAUCUUUUCAGAUCCUCAUCCAUGUCUCUCGACCCUCAUCCAUCUUCUCAGACCCUCAUCCAUCUUCUCAGACCCUCAUCCAUCUCCUCACACCCUCAUCCAUCUCCUCAGACCCUCAUCCAUGUCCUCAGACCCCCGUUCAUCUUCUCAGACCUUCCUCCAUCUCCUCAAACCCUCAUCCAUGUCCUCAGACCCUCAUCCAUCUUCUCAGACCCUCAUCCAUCUCCUCACACCCUCAUCCAUCUGCUCAGACCCUCAUCCAUGUCCCCCGACCCUCAUCCGUCUCCUCAGACCCUCAUCCAUCUCCUCAGACCCUCAUCCAUGUCCUCAGACCCUCAUCCAUGUCCUCAGACCCUCAUCCAUGUCCUCAGACCCUCAUCCAUGUCCUCAGACCCUCAUCCAUGUCCCCCGACCCUCAUCUAUGUCCCCCGACCCUCAUCCAUCUCCUCAGACCCUCAUCCAUCUCCUCAGACCCUCAUUCAUCUCCUCAGACCCUCAUUCAUCUCCUCAGACCCUCAUCCAUCUCCUCAGACCCUCAUCCAUCUCCUCAGACCCUCCUCCAACUACUCAGACCCUCAUCCAUGUCCCCCGACCCUCAUCCAUCUCCUCAGACCCUCAUCCAUCUCCUCAGACCCUCAUACAUCUCCUCAGACCCUCAUCCAUGUCCCCCGACCCUCAUCCAUGUCCCCAGACCCUCAUCCAUGUCCCCAGACCCUCAUCCAUGUCCUCAGACCCUCAUCCAACUCCUCAGACCCUCAUUCAUCUCCUCAGACCCUCAUUCAUCUCCUCAGACCCUCAUCCAUCUGCUCAGACCCUCAUCCAUCUCCUCAGACCCUCCUCCAACUCCUCAGACCCUCAUCCAUCUCUUCAGACCCUCAUCCAUCUCCUCAGACCCUCAUUCAUCUCCUCAGACCCUCAUCCAUCUGCUCAGACCCCCAUCCAUCUGCUCAGACCCUCAUCCAUCUCUUCAGACCCUCAUCCAACUCCUCAGACCCUCAUUCAUCUCCUCAGACCCUCAUCCAUCUGCUCAGACCCUCAUCCAUCUCUUCAGACCCUCAUCCAUGUCCUCAGACCCUCAUCCAUGUCCUCAGACCCUCAUCCAUACUUCUACAGUACACCGCAGGCGCUCGUUGGUGUGGGUGCAGUUUGGCGACAGAUGGCCGGUGUCACUCCUGACUCGGCUCUACACCGCUGAGCAGCCCGUGCAUCUGGAGCCGAGCCGGAGCCAGUGCGGCAGCUGCAGCGGUGUUUACCUGUCAGUCUGA